AUGGCCAACUUAGCUAUUCCCACAAUUGAUCUCUCUCCUUUCUUCAACAAUGAAGAUGCUGAGAACAGCAAGAAGAGAGUUAAAGAAAUUAUUCGCCAAGCCUGCUCUGAAUAUGGCUUCUUCCAGGUUGUGAACCAUGGGGUACCCCUGGAUUUGUUAAGCAGAGCAAUGGAGCUCUCAAAGACAUAUUUCAAGUUCUCAGAUGAGGAGAAGCUCAAGUGUAGUCCUAAUACUGGAGCACCUCUUCCAGCUGGUUAUAGCAAGCAGCCUGAGAUAUCACCUGACAAGAAUGAAUACAUUCUCAUGUUUCCACCUGAAACUGGCUUCAAUAUACUGCCCAGUAAUCCUCCUGAUUUCAGGGAAGCAAUGGAAGAGUUGUUCAGUUACUUCACCAGGGCUGGUCAAUUGGUAGAGUGCAUCAUGAAUGACUCUAUUGGUCUCCCUGAAAACUUCCUGAAAGAGUACAAUAAUGAUAGGAGCUGGGAUUUUAUGGUGGCUAUGCACUAUUUUCCAGCUACUGAAUGUGAGAACAAUGGAAUAACACCACAUGAAGAUGCAAACACCGUAACAUUCGUUGUUCAAGAUGAAGCUGGAGGACUUGAAGUUUGCAAGAAUGGAGAAUGGAUUCCAGUGAUCCCUGAACUGGGCAAAAUAGUGGUCAAUCUAGGUGAUUCAAUUCAGGUGAUGACCAACAAGAAGUUUAAAAGUGCAACUCACCGAGUUGUAAGGCCUAAAGGAAGAAGCAGACACUCUUUUGCAUUCUUCUAUAAUAUACAAGGAGACAAGUGGGUAGAACCAUUGCCACAAUUCGCUAAAGAGAUUGGAGAGACAGCAAAGUACAGGGGGUUCUUCUACAAGGAUUACCAGGCAUUGAGAAUGAGAAACAAGACUCGUCCACCAGCAAGACCCGAAGAUGCCAUCAACAUCACUCAUUAUGAAAUUUCCACCUCAUGA